UUUACGGUGGUUCUCUGACUGCCGCGUGUUGGCGUGAAACGGAAUCAAAACAAACCCCUAAACUGUCCCCCCGGUGCUCGUGUGCUUUAUUUUAGUUCCCGAUGGAUCUUCCGUGUGUCCAGUGGCAAGAUCACGUUGCACAGAAAUGGACCGGACUCGACCCCGAGCUGAAGGAGCAUUUUAUAUCCCUGCUUGAAAUAGACGAUGUUUUUAAAUACACCCUGACUCUGACAACCCCAGAUGAUCUGGACUUUGUGCAGUCGGUCUCUGCAGGAUACUCUGUACAGAAGGACACAGAACAAGCAGCCAAAUGCAGGGAGAGGGGCAACUCUAGCUUCAAGAGCAGAGACUACACUGCAGCCGCUCUGCACUAUUCACAGGGCAUAUGUUGUGCUCCCCAAAGUUCGGAGCAGCUGUCUCUGUGCUUUGCCAACCGCUCUGCUGCGCUCUACCAUCUGCAGCACUACCAGGAAUCCCUUGAUGACAUUGACAAAGCUCUAAAGAACGGCUAUCCCUCUCAUCUUUCACACAAACUAGAGGACCGUCGCACGCAGUGCCUCAAGCACCUCUCUGCAAGCCUAAAGGCAAAAGAGGAUCAUCACAGUCCGGCCUCAAAGAAUCCUAAAGGUCCAGACAAAGAGGGACCUCUCACAUUUGGCAUUUGCCCUCAAGCUGCUGUCGGCUUCAGCCCAGAGAAAGGUCGACACCUGGUGGCUGCAGAGAGGAUAGCAGCCGGGGAGGUGAUCCUCAAUGACAGGCCUUACAGCUGUGUCCUUAUACCAGGGAUGGAGGAGGUGAAAGGGAUGGGAGGAAGGCAGGACACAGAGAGAGGAGUCUUGCUUGGAAUGGAACACAGGCGCUGUCACCGGUGUUUGACUGAAACACUGUGUCCUGUGCCGUGUGAGGGGUGUAGCUACAGCCGAUACUGUUCAGCUUCCUGUCAGCGAGACGCCUGGGAAGAGCAUCACCGCUGGGAGUGUCCACUGGGAGCAGAUCUGAUGGUGAUGGGUGUGAUGUUGCAGCUCGCUCUGAGGGUGACAAUGAAGGCGGGGUUAAAAAACAUCCAAAUGGCCAGGGAUCCAAUCAGAGACAAGCACACAAAGUCAGAGCCAAGCUGUCUAAGCAGAGAGUCCGGUGGUUCCUAUGCAAGUCAUGCUUCAUAUUACGGUGACUCGUAUCUGAGCGUGUUUCACCUGCUGCACCACCUGAAACGCCACAGUCCUCCUCUGCGUUUCCUGUGUGCGGUUACCGUGGCAACGCUCUACCUAAAGCUCAGCAAGGCAGGACCUCCACCUGCAUCUUGGGACCUCAGUAGACCCUCGAAGGGGAACAACCAAUCAACAGAUGAGGAGGGAGGUAUCGCAGAUUGGAGCUCGGAGCUGUGGCUGAUGGGAAGUGCAGUUCUGAGGCACAUCCUGCAGCUGAGGUGUAAUGCCCAGGCAAUCGUCAUGCUGCAAGAUACAGGAGCAACAACCAUGGCAGUGCAGUCCAGCAGGGAAAUCCGCAUUGCUACGGCAAUAUUCCCAACUGUAAGCCUUCUGAAUCACUCCUGCUGUCCCAACACAAGCCUGGUGUUCAGCACUGGAACCGGUGCUGAUCCCUCAGGUUCAGAUGUGUCUGCAGAUCUCAGUGAGAGUGUAUCUGAGGACAGAAGCACAGCCUGCGGAGUGACUGUAACUGUCAGAGCAGCCAAAGUUAUCACUCCUGGACAAGAGAUCCUGCAUUGCUAUGGUCCCCACAGCAGUAGGAUGGCGACCCAAGAACGCCAACGUCUCCUGCAGGACCAGUACUACUUCCUGUGUCAGUGUGAGGCCUGUACUCAGCAGCAACAGCAGGAGGAGGAGGAGGAGGAGGAGGAGGAGAAGGAGGGUACACAGGGCAGACAGCAGAGGUCAGAUGCUGGAAAUCUACAUAAGUCUGGUCUCCUGUGUUGCAAGUGCAAAGGACCUCUCAGAAAAAGCAGUGAGGACAGAGGGAUAGAAUUUAUAUGUUCGCAGACCUGUGGUCACCGUAUGCCUUCAUCUGAAGUGAGUCACAGCCUGCAGGGGAUCAGGGUCGCCCUGGAGGAGGCUGUGGACCUCAUGGAAAGAGAGAGGCCAGAUGAGGCUCUGAGACUAUUGAGAAGGACCCAGUGUCAGUCUGGACUGAUCCUUGCAGAGACACACCCACUGCAGGGGGAGCUGGCAGACGCCACGGCCAGAGCGUAUGCCACAAUGGGUGACUGGGACAAUGCAGCCUCCCAUCUGGAGCGAAGCACUGUAGCUAUUGGCUCCCAGUACGGAGAGGACAGUAUUGAACUGGGUCGUCAACUCUUCAAAUUAGCUCAGCUACACUUCAAUGGUGGUGCCAGAGGCCCAGCUCUCUCUGUCAUCCCCAAGGUCAGACGCCUCCUCUGCCUUCACUGUGGCCCUCACUGUCAUGAAUUACAGGAGAUGCAAGCUAUGGAGAACUGCCUACGAGGCUAGUCUUACAUGUACACAAGAGUUGAAAUCUUUACAAUGUAAUUACAGUUGUGAACUUUAAAAAUCUUCUGUGUACUUCUGUUGAUAUAAAACAAUUAUAUAUUACUGUUUAUAAGCACUUUUGUAUAUAUAUACAGGUACUUUUAUACCGAUAUACACGUAUACUGUUUUAGAGGUGACGUACGAGUCUGCACAGCUAACAAAUGGCCACAGGUAUACAUGCAGCUGAUUCUGGCUCUCUGACCUCUUGCUGUCAGAAUGUAUCCAUCAAUAAUUUCAAUUUCAUGCUUCAGUGGUAGCCUUGCAGUGUGAGGCAACUUAUCCACCAGGUACUUCCAGGUUACAUGUACUUCUAUAAAUGAGACUGAAGUAAAUGUGUGCGUACUUCAUGAUUGUGGUUAAGAAAUGUUUUACACGGCAAGUUAAUCAAUCUGUACAAUCUGCAAAUACCCUCGGGUACUACAUACACAUAUAGGGAGUCCUCUGACCUUUAGGUGGCAGCAGUUAUCCACUGACAAAUUCAAUUUCAUGCUUCGGUGGCCAGAAAGCAAGAUUUAGCUCUGACUCUUGAACCUACAGUACCCACCCCAUGUCCUCCAAGACCUUUAUACAUUCAACUUAAACGUCAUUUAUGAAUCUAUGAAAGCAUUUUGUAAAGGUCUUUAGUUUUUUCCCCCCCUCUUUCAAUUUAUAAUCAAUUAGUAACCUUCUACUGUGCCACAUAAACGGCAAGAAAACAAGGGGUCUGAUCACUGUGAGCUCUGCUGCAAAGGCUCAUUGGUUUUCAGAGAUGAGGGACAGCCCCUGUUGAGCAAUAAAAUCUCGAUCACAGCUGGAACUCCCGAGGCAUCUGCCAGUUAGACAUCACCAGUAUCUGGAGGGCAUCCAAUCCGACAGAUUCGUACUUAGGGAAAGUUAAGGUCAGCUCAGAAGUUCAAAGAAGCAGCUGGUGAAAUCAGACCAGCAGUCGAGUAACAGUGAAUUCAAAAAGGCUCCAAGCUGCAAGUUCCUGCUGAUUAUUGUUGAGAUGAGGUUGCCGCAGGUACAGGACCAAAUAAAGUAAAGCCGUUCAUGAACUGUUGAACUGGGGUCAAUUUUGAGUCCAAAGAAUUAGGCAACAUCACAGAUAUUGUAAUUCAAUUCAGAGAAAACAAGAUUAGGGCUGCAAGCAGCAAUUAUUCUCAUCAUCUGUUAAUCUGAUGAUUAUUUUCAGAGAAUCUCUAUACAACUAAUAUAUAAAAAUCACCUAACAGGCAGUCAGUGCCACAAAUAGAAACUUGUAUCAUCAAAAUCAAUUUAUUAUCACAGAUAAUUUUAUUUUGUGUCAUUUUUGAUAUUGUUUUUUUUAUUUUUGUAUGUUUUUCCAUACAGUAGAUGUCCAAACUAUCUGGCUUGAAUGAAUGGCAAGCCACUUGUUAAAUGUUCAACCACUCUAUGUUCAAACAACACGAUACAAACCAUACAAAACUUACUUCAGGAUGCUGUACUAUAAAGUAACUCCAAGUUGUUUUAUAUAUAAGUAAUACUUUCUCUUGGUAUAAAUCAUGGAAUUUACUGACUGAAUCAUGCUUAAUUUCAAAUGGAUUUGAUAGUGUAAUUCCACUCCUUGCUUAAAACCCUGCUUGAAAACCCUCAGCUCUUCUGCUGUAUAUUAACAUAAUGUUAACAUGACAUGUCAGAUAAUGUCUUCUUACAAGUGGGAGAGUCACUGAUGCAGCUUAAAGUCUGCAAAUGCAGAGCCAAAGAUAACAUUGCUUACAGAGACGUUGAGUGAUACCGCACACAAUGGGAAAUGUUCGCAACAUCCCCUAAUGUACAGCUCAUGAUAACAUAGUUGUCAUAGUAAUCCUAGAUAAUAAAACUACAGUAUUUGAAUGUUAAAAUCCAGGAAUGUUCCUCUCUAAACACACUGCUUAAAGAAUACUGAUGUAGAAAAGCCAUUGAUUAUAAAUCAGGUUCCAGUUUGUCUUUGCACUGCACACAAAUUGUGUGCAUCUCAAGAUCUAAAACUGCUCAUUCAUGUUUCAGAUAUUUUUGUUUGUUUGCUUUUGUGAGCUAAGCCAUGUGUGCUUCUAUAUCCGUCUGGAGCUCAGGGAGAAAAUGUGAGCUCAUGUUCAAAGGGAAAAACGCAAGCGAACUAAAUAUUUUGAAGUAGGGAAAGAAAAGAAGCAUUAGGAGGGGAAACACAGGCAGCAUGAAUAAAUCUACAGACAUCUCCAG